CAUCGUGGUGAACCGGCUGGCUCGCGUUCGGAGUGAGGUGCUGCCAAGCUUUCAGGCACCUUCCGUCUCUCGAGCGCUCCUUCCUCAUGACAGCACUUCUCUUCGACACACCUCCUGUCCUUUUCCUCUCCUGCAUCAUCUCGUUCAUUCUGCGGUGCCGGCGAUCCGAGGGUACAAUGACGACCGAAGAUCUUCUGCAGCCGACGCUGCACGUGGAGGUGCUGGUGACAGGCCGCGAGCAUCCGCCGCAUGUUCUCAGUGAGAUCCGAAGCAGUGUCGCAGACAGACUCAAAGAAGAGCUGGUGUCGGUCAAAAUCGGCGAAGAGAUAAAGCUCUUUGAUGAGAUCGCCCAGGGCCAGCACAUCGAAAGCAUUCAAGUCGUCGACUACACAGGCCGCGAAAACUCGGCUCACAUCUACAAUCUGAAUGACGUCCAGCUGGACAUCCAGCCCUACACCUUGCACAAUGAGACUGGAAAUCGUCGAGCCAUUCAGCAGCAGGAUGAAAGCGACACGGGCCAGACCCGAGUCCUCGCCCUUCCAAAUGCCAUUCUGCACGCUGCAUGGAACUCUCUCGUCUUCGAAGACGCCUUGCCAGCCCGGCUCCUCCGCUACUUAGUUCGCAUGGUCGGCAUGAUGAGCCAGCCCGGUCUGAACCUCAGCACCUUCAACUGGAUCCGCGUCUGUCUCCUGCAUGGCCCAGCCGGCAGUGGGAAGAGCACACUCUGUCGAGCCCUGGCGCAGAAGCUGAGCAUCCGCCUUGGCCAUCUCUACGAAACGUCGACUCUAAUGGAGAUCAAUGCGAAUGCCAUGCUGAGCAAGUAUUUCGGGGAAAGCGGCAAAAUCAUCAGUGCGACGUUUGAUGGUGUUGUUGGCAUGGCGCAGGAUCGUGGCCGCUUUGUGUGCGUAGUCAUGGAUGAGGUGGAAACGAUUGCUGGCUGUCGUGACAAGUCGGCGAGUGGCAGCGAGUGUCGAGAUGGGCUGAGGGCCACAAAUCAACUGCUGACGGCGCUGGAUCGGCUGCGUGACCUUCCGAACGUGCUCGUGCUCUGCACCAGCAAUCUGAUGGAAGCAAUUGACCCCGCCUUCCUCGACCGGGUGGACAUCAAACAACUAGUCCCCAGCCCCUCGACCGCAGCAAUCUACAACAUCUUCCGCUCCUGCAUCAACGAACUGAUCAAAAGCAGCCUCAUAGACGCCACAACGAGCACCAGCAGCCCAACCGCAACCUCGCACGAAGUAAGUUCCCAACCCUCAUCUCCAUUCAACUGGGAUCAAUGGAUCCCCGUCUCGACAGCGAUGAUCCCCACCUUUGCAGAGAUGCAGGGGCUGGCGAUGUUUACUUAUGGGAGGGUGUGCUCGGUGGAUGAUGCGGUUUCUGCGCUUGAGGCGGCUGUUGCGCAGGAGUUGGCUGGGGCUCAAUGCGGGAGGGGAUGAUGGAAGAAGGAAGGUGUUGUUGCGCAUGGGGGUUGCUGGUGAGAAGGGAGAAUGCGCCUAUGACGUGAAUUAC